ACCUGGGUCCUCCCAGCAACCUCCAGCGCAAGAUGGCGUGGGGAGGUUGUCUGCCGCUGGCCGUCUGAGGGAACGCUAAGUGUCUGUGUCCGCCGCCGUGUUGCAGCUCCGCGAGAAAGCAGAGGCUGAACCCCGGCGGGUGCGAUGGCCGCUGUGGUGGCCAAGCGGGAAGGGCCGCCGUUCAUCAGCGAGGCAGCUGUGCGAGGCAACGCCGCUGUCCUGGAUUACUGCCGGACCUCAGUGUCAGCGCUGUCGGGGGCCACGGCCGGCAUCCUCGGCCUCACCGGCCUCUACGGCUUCAUCUUCUACCUGCUUGCCUCCGUCCUGCUCUCCCUGCUCUUAAUUCUCAAAGCGGGAAGGAGGUGGAACAAAUACUUCAAAUCACGAAGACCGCUCUUUACAGGAGGUCUCAUCGGAGGCCUCUUCACCUACGUCCUGUUUUGGACAUUCCUCUAUGGCAUGGUGCACGUCUACUGAAUGGGGGCAGGGAUGACUUUUUUAAAAAACCAGAUUGGGAGGACUGUCGCCAGGAUUUAACACCGUGUACACUUAGUUUUUAAAUUGUUGAAUUCGCUGCUUGUUCUGUAACGUCAUAACUUAUAUCUGAAGACGAAGAGUCUGUAAUAUUCUUCAGAUUAAAUGAAGCGUGAGACACUU